AUGAGCCUACUCAGCGCAGAGGCACCCAACAAUACCACCACCCAUAUGGUGCAGCCUCUGCUCAGAUCUCCCGAGGAGCCCUCGUGUGACUCCGCACAACCCUGGAGGACUGAACCCCCUGACAAGUUCUGCCCACACCUGCCUUUUGCCCUGCACCCCAGCAGCACCGGCCCACUUUCCAGCCCCCAGCGCCCCUGGGGCGCCCUGUCUGUGGUGCUCGUCUUUCCCAAUCCUUGCCACUGGGAAUCCAGGUUACAGGGCCCCUCCAGGAAGAAUCCUCAGCUGACCCCAUCCCCUGCCACCUGGCCAGGGCUAGUAGGCCCUGAAGAGGCGAUGCAGGUGGAGCCACAGGUAGACCUAGGUCAAAAGCGCACCAGGAUGGGUCAGGCGAGAGCACACGAGGACCGGGGUGUCCGUCCGAGUCCUGCCCACCAGGCGGCGCCCGCAGCCUCGCUCUCACGAGCCGCCCCCAGCGGGAAGCUUGCUACCUGGCCGGCAGUGACUCUGAUGGACACCAGCACGGCUGAGGGGGAGCUGGGCUGGCUGCUGGACCCCCCAGAGAAUGGGUGGAACGAGGUGCAGCAAAUGCUCAACGGGACGCCGCUGUACAUGUACCAGGACUGCCCGCUGGAGGACAGCGGCGACGCCGACCACUGGCUGCGCACCAACUGGAUCUACCGUGGCGAGGCCACAGCCCGCGUGCACGUGGAGCUACGCUUUACGGUCCGAGACUGCAAGAGCUUCCCACGCGGCUCAGGGCCGGCCAGCUGCAAGGAGACCUUCAGCCUGUUCUACAUGGAGAGUGACCAGGACGUGGGCAUCCAGCUCCGCCGGACCAUGUUCCAGAAGGUGACCACGGUGGCCGCAGACCAGAGCUUCACCAGCCGGGAUGUGGCAUUGGGCGCCAUGAAGCUCAACGUGGAGCGCUGCUCACUGGGCCGCCUGGCUCGCCGUGGCCUCUACCUGGCCUUCCACAACCCCGGGGCCUGUGUGGCACUGGUGUCUGUGAGGGUCUUCUACCAGCGCUGCCCUGACACCCAGCAUGGCCUGGCUCACUUCCCUGGCACACUCCCAGGCCCAGGCGGGCUCGUAGAGGUGGAGGGCACCUGUGUGGCCAAUGCCCAGGCCGGCCCCUCCGGGGCUCCCCGCUUGCACUGCAGCCCGGAUGGCGAGUGGCUAGUGCCCGUGGGACAGUGCCGGUGUCAGCUAGGCUUCCAGGAGGACCCUGGGGGAGCAGGCUGUACAGCCUGUCCCCAAGACUCCUACCGGGCUGACGUGGACACUGCCCACUGCCUCAAGUGUCCCCAGCACAGCUCAGCCGCAGUGGAGGGGGCCACCAUCUGCACCUGUGAGACUGGCUACUACCGAGCCCCUGGGGAGGGCCCCCAGGUGGCCUGCACAGGGCCCCCGUCAGCCCCCCAAGACCUGACCUUUGCUAUGUCGGGGAUGCAGCUCUCACUGCGCUGGGAACCCCCAGCAGACCUGGGGGGCCGCCAGGACAUCAGGUACAGUGUGAGGUGCUCCCGGUGCCCUGGGAUGGGCCAGGAUGGGGGCCCCUGCCAGCCCUGUGGGGGCGACGUGCGCUUCUCCCCAGGGGCCAGCGGGCUCCCCCGGCCAGCAGUGCGCAUCGACGGCCUCCAGCCCUCUACCAACUACACCUUUGAGGUCGUGGCCCAGAAUGGGGUGUCGGGGCUGAGCACCUCCAGGCCUGCCAGCGCCAUGCUCGGUAUCAGCAUGGAUCGCACAGAGCCACUGGCCGCCCUGUCCCUGCAUCUGAUACGAAAAUCGCCACGCCAGCUGGAGCUGGCCUGGGCGGGGGCUGAAGCUCGCAGCCCGGGGGGCAACCUCACCUACGAGCUGCACGUGCUGAACCAGGACGAAGAGCGUCACCAGACAGUUCUGGAGCCCAGAGUGCUGCUGACCGAGCUGCAGCCGGACACCACGUACAUCGUCCGAGUGCGCAUGAUGACCCCGCAGGGCCCCGGCCCCUUCUCCCCCAGCCACGAGUUCCGGACCAGCCCCUCCGCUUCCAGGGCCCUGACAGGAGGGGAGAUUGUAGCCGUCAUCUUCGGACUCCUGCUGGGCGUGGCGCUGCUGCUGGGAAUCCUUGUCUUCCAGUCCAGGAGAGCCCGGCGGAGGCGGCAGCAGAGGCAGCGUGAGCGUGUCCCCGAUGCGGACCGAGAGGACAAGCUCUGGCUGAAGCCAUAUGUGGACCUCCAGGCGUAUGAUGACCCAGCCCAAGGCGCGCUGGACUUCACACAUGAGCUGGACCCGGCAGGACUGGUCGUGGACACAGUCAUCGGGGAAGGAGAGUUUGGGGAGGUCUACCGAGGCUCCCUUCGGCUCCCGAACCAGGAAUGCAGGACAGUGGCCAUCAAGACCCUGAAGGACACGUCCCCUGAUGGCCAGUGGUGGAACUUCCUACGGGAGGCAACGAUCAUGGGCCAGUUCAGCCACCCCCACAUCCUGAGGCUGGAAGGCGUGGUCACCAAGAGAAAGCCCAUCAUGAUCAUCACAGAGUACAUGGACAAGGGCGCUCUGGAUGUCUUCCUGCGGGAGCGGGAGGACCAGCUGAGCCCGGGACAGCUCACCACCAUGCUGCAGGGCAUAGCGUCCGGCAUGAGCUACCUCAGUGACCACAACUACGUCCACCGGGACCUGGCAGCCAGGAACAUCCUGGUGAGCCAGAGCCUGUGCUGCAAGGUGUCGGACUUCGGCCUCACUCGCCAGCUCGACAGCUUCGAUGGCACCUACGAAACCCAGGGUGGGAAGAUCCCCAUCCGCUGGACAGCACCUGAAGCCAUCGCCCACCGCAUCUUCACCACAGCCAGUGACGUGUGGAGCUUUGGCAUUGUGACCUGGGAGGUGCUGAGCUUUGGGGACAAGCCAUAUGGUGACAUGAGCAAUCAGGAGGUGAUGAAGAGCAUUGAGGAUGGCUACCGCCUGCCCCCACCCGUGGACUGCCCUGCCCCGCUCUACGAACUCAUGAAGAGCUGCUGGGCCUACGACCGUGCCUGCCGGCCCCCCUUCCACCAGAUUGACGCCCACCUGGAACAGCUGCUGGCCAACCCCCACGCACUCCGCACUGUCGCCAACUUUGACCCCAGGGUGACCCUCCGCUUGCCCAGCUUGAGUGGCUCCGAUGGGAUCCCAUACCGCAGUGUGGCCGAGUGGCUGGAAUCAAUCCGCAUGAAACGCUACAUCCUGCACUUCCGGUCGGCAGGCCUGGACACCAUGGAGUGUGUGCUGGAGCUGACCACUGAGGACCUGACUCAGAUGGGCAUCACGCUGCCCGGCCACCAGAAGCGGAUCCUUUGCAGUAUUCAGGGGUUCAAGGACUAA